UCACAAAGGGAAUAAUGAAGGAAGUGCAAGCUUUCAAAUUUACGGCCAGCCUCGUCCUGGUCAUAUGCGGAGCAUUGUUGCCCCAUGCAUACGCCUUGGAAAUGGAAGAUCUGUGCAAGUACUGGAAUGGAAAUGGAUAUGUGGGAAAUCCCAGUAACUGUCAUGACUGGGGCUACUGUCAAGGCAACAGUCUUGUGGCCUGGGGCAGUUGCGACGGUACCCUUGUGUUCAAUUCCCCGACAAGUAUGUGUGAGUAUGCCACGAACACGACAUGCUAUACCAAUAUUACCGAAUCGUGCAGCAUUUCAAGUAGCGCCUGGUAUGCACCAGUUACCAGCAAUUGUUCACAGUAUGCUUAUUGUAAUGGGCAAGGCACCAUUCUAUAUGGCGAAUGCCCGAAAGGUCAGGUAUUUUUGAAUUCCCCCCAACCCACCUGUGUGUGGGGACCUUGCCCGCAAGACGACAUCUGCGCCUUCAUUCCAAACAACCAAUAUGUGGGCGAUCCAGCUAAUUGUGGCGGCUAUCUACUUUGUUCGAAUGGCAUUGGAAUAGCUGGUACUUGUACCGCAUCAGAUAGCGGGCAAACAAGAUAUUUCGAUUAUACGCUCGGUGGUUGCACGACGACCUAUCCUUCAGUUUGCGGAGACUCUGGCAAUGCAGGUGAUGACGAUACUGAUGAUGAAACAACGACACCAGCACCAGUAACUUGCACAGCAGAAGGAUACAAAGACGAUGGUGUAACCUGUUAUGGUUAUGCUUAUUGCGCAGCAGCUUCAGGGAAUUCGAAAUGGGGUAAAUGUCCUUUUGGAUUAGAUUUUGAUCCAACCUCUCAAGAAUGUGUGUCCCCGGCCAGUUAUGCAUGCGCGGCCACUCGUAACCGUUGCAAGAACACCAAUAUGGUCUAUGCCACUGUGACAGGCACAAGCUGCAAACAAUAUACAUAUUGCCCGAAUUUAGGUGUUGGAACAUGCCCCUCUAACUACCCAUACUUUGAUGAAGUAGGGGGCAAUUGUGUACAAAAUAAACCGAGUUAUGCAAUUUGUGGUACAUCUUAA